AUGCUAUGCUAUGCCUAUCUAUAUGCUAACCUUAAUACUGUUUUCACGUGUUCUAGCCUACAUCUAGCCAUGAGCCGUGUACUGAAAGACAAGAACCGACCGAAGGGGCCAAUGUCCGCCUACGCCUGCUUCGUUCAAGUGAUUCGGGAAGAACACAAACGGAAACAUCCCGGCGAACACAUUGUUUUCAGUGACUUCUCAAAAAAAUGCGCUGAACGUUGGAAGGUUAUGACAGCAAAGGAGAAGAAGCGUUUUGAGGACAUGUCUGCCAUUGACAAGGAGCGUUUUAACCGUGAAAUGGUUGACUACGUGCCGCCUGAGGGUGUCAAGAAAGGCAAGAAGAGGAAGGCCCCUAAGGACCCAACUCAGCCAAAGCGUGCCUGGUCCGCGUUCUUCUUCUUCUGUGAUGAGUUCAGAGGCAAAAUUAAGGAGGAACACCCUGAGUGGAAGGUCGCUGACAUUGCCAAAGAAUUGGGCCGUCGGUGGGAAGACUGCUCCGACAAGCCCAAGUACGAAGCCUUGGCCCAGCAAGACAAACAACGAUAUGAGGAGGUAGGCUUCACUAUCCUCUUUUCCUGUCUGUGGUAA